CCUAAAAUAGCUUUAUUUUUUGUUGACCAGGUUUCCUGCACCAGCUGAGGAAGAUCUAUAUCCAAAUAUUAAUUAUGUCCUUCAAUUCGCUUUCUCGUUGACUCGAGGCAGAAGUAAUCUGUUCUCCUCAGUUGGCUAAUUAAGCUCCUCUCAUAAGAAAAAAUCAAGCUGUUGCUACUUCUAAUUUGCUCGGCUUUGUUCUGGUAUCAGUGUCCAACUUCAUUCAAUUUCUUUCUGCUAAACCUGCCACAGGUACACAGUACACUAGCUAUCUUUGAACUUUCAAUCUUGAUUUUGAUAUAUACGUUCGAUCUCAUUAGAGUUUAUGUAAAUAAAUUGAAAAUAUCUAUUAGUUUUCAUGUAGAUCCAUGAGCUUAAUUAUUACAAAAGAGAAAAGAAGCUUCAUUUCAUUUUUUUCCUUUUUAAUGGGAUGGCUUGAAGAUGUUCAAAAGAUCGAACAAGACAUACAAGAUGUUGAAGAAAGAGUAGGCACAGUUCCAUACUACAAACGUGCCAGUCUUGAUAAAGAUGUGCGUAAAACUAUUAAAGAGGUGAAGAGGAUUCGAAAGAGGGGCAUUUUCGAAGGAAGCCUUGGGAUUGAGAGAGCUCCGGCUCCUGGAAGCAUAAUUCCAAUAGGAAAUUUAGAGGGUGAAAUUUCUACUAAAGAUGAAAUUUGGGAGCACUUGAUGGGCAAUGAAGUUGGAAUGAUUGGGGUUUGUGGUAUGGGUGGAGUUGGUAAGACUACAAUCAUGAAGCAUGUUAACAAUGAUUUGCUGACAAUGAGUAGAUUUCAGAAAGUGAUUUGGGUUACUGUAUCAUAUCCUCUCAAGGUUUCAGAACUACAAAGGAAGAUUGCACUUGCUAUGGGCAGAACACUUCCAGAAGAAAUAAUGAUGCGGCCUGCAGCACUAAUGGAGAUGAUGGGAAGAGUGAGAUUUGUGCUAAUAUUAGAUGAUGUAUGGGACAAUUUUUCUUUGAGUGAUGUUGGAAUCCCCGAACCAACCCUACAGAAUGGAUGUAAAGUAGUUAUUACCAGUAGAACAGCUCAAGUAUGCAAUUAUUUGAGUUGUAAGAUUGUUAAAGUGCAGCCUCUUUCAGCAGAGGAGUCUUUGAAUUUAUUCCUCAGCAGGGUUGGACACGAUGUUUUACAAGUUGCAGGAUUGGAAGAAAUUUUGAAGCUUAUUGUGGAGGAGUGCGCCGGUUUACCACUAGCAAUUGUUGUAAUAGCAGGGGGCAUGAAGGGAGAAGGUGAACCUAAUAUUGUAGAGUGGAGAAAUGCACUAAAUGAUUUACGCCAACGCGUAAAAAGUGUGAAUGAUAUGGAGGAAAACAUAUUUAGGCGGUUAAGAUUUAGUUAUGACCAUCUAAGAGAUUUAGAAAUCCAAAAAUGUUUUCUAUAUUGCUCCUUAUUUCGAGAAGAUUAUGAGUUUGUUAGAGAAGAGUUGAUAGAAGGCUGGAUUGAUGAAGGGUUGAUUCAUGAGUCAGAAAAAAGACAAGAUGCUUAUGAUAGGGCUAAUGGUUUCUUAAAUAGGCUUGAAAAGAACUGCUUAUUAGAGAAAACUAUUGAUCUCUUUUCUAAUGAAGUUUUUAAGGUGCAUGAUGUGGUGAGAGACAUGGCUAUCAAAAGCAUCGGUCCUGAAGUUGGAUACAUGAUCAAAGCUGGUAUGAAAUUGACAGAGGUACCAAAUGAGCAUGAGUGGGCAAUUGCUCUUAACAAGGUGUCUCUAAUGGACAAUUACAUUUUAAAAAUUCCUGUUGGUUUGACUCCAAAGUGUCUGACCUUGUCAACUUUGAUAUUAUCAAACAAUCCUUUGACAAAGAUUCCAGAAUCCUUUCUUGAAGAUAUGAGUGGACUCAAGGUUCUUGAUCUCUCUAGAACCAGGAUUGAAGCUUUACCUAGUUCCAUCUCUAAGUUGGAGUCUCUCUCUGCACUGCGGUUAAGGGGGUGUCAGAGGUUAAAGUGCUUGCCUUCCUUAGAGAAGCUUGUGGCAUUGAAGAAGUUGGAUCUAAGAAGGGCAGCAAUUGAGGUGGUCCCUCAAGGCAUGGAGAUGUUGGCAAGUCUUGAAUAUCUUGAUUUAUAUUGUAAAAAUUUGAAAGAGAUUCCAACAGAAAUAUUGUCUAAAUUAUCUAGUCUCCAGUAUUUGGUUGCAAGAAAUGAUUGGGGAUCAACUAGUGUAAAGAUAAAUUUAGAAGAGGUUGCUAAAUUGAGAAAGUUGGAGAUUUUAGAAUGUAAUUUUGGUGAUAUGCAAGACUUCAAUUAUCUUCUGAGGGAGUUUAAAAUUUUCCAAAGUUUUAUUGCUUACCAGCUUCUAGUGGGAACAAAAAUGGAUCGUAAAAUAGGUAUUGACAAUCCUAAAGAUAAAUGCAGACUUAUAAUUAGUGAGUGUGACAUUGGAGAAGAAUGUAUGGUGCUUCCAGAUAAACUUCAGCUUUUGCGGAUCCAUAAAUGUAAAAACAUCAGCAGUAGCUUAAGCAAAAUAGCUUUGUUAGAGAAUGCAACCGAGUUGGGUGUUUGUAUUAUUAGUAAUUGUGAAGAGACAGAGUACGUGGUUGAGUUGGAUUCAUCCUUCUCCUCAUCGUGUAAACCAGUACUUGAUAAGCUUGAAAGCUUGUAUCUUCGGGGUUUGCCUAGGUUGUGGGCACUCGUGAGAGUGGAAAGAGUAGCAACACCACCACGUGUCUUUUCCAAUCUUAAGGCACUUAAUAUAGUUACAUGUUCAGGAAUGAGGAAGUUGCUACCACUUGAGCUCCUACAGACCCUCCAAAACUUAGAGGCGAUUGAUGUUGUUGAUUGUAAACAAAUGGAGGAGAUAAUAACCUCAUCAGAUUCAGAUGCAUCAUCGGAUAAAUUCACUUUCACUUUUCCCAAGUUAAGGAGAUUGUGGUUGAUAGGGUUACCCCAAUUGAAGAGCAUUUGUAGUGCCAAAGGAGUUAUGGUUUGCGAUUCUAUUGAAAAUAUUUUGAUAGGGCUUUGUCCUGAGUUAAAAAGGAUCCCUAUGCAACUUCCCCUGCUUGAUAAUGGCCAACCAUCUCCUCCUCCUCGUCUCAAACAAAUCUACAUUUCGAAAGGCUCAAAAGAAUGGUGGGAAUCAGUGGAGUGGGAUCAUCCUAAUGCUAAGAACAUACUCCAACCUUUCGUGAAAUUUCCAUCGUAAGUAAAGCAGCAGAUGUGUGUAAAUAACAAGUCACGUGCUACCACAAUAACACGUGGUAGUAAAAGCCUUUCCUCUACAACAGCCAACGAGAAAGUCGAUGUGGGACAGAAGGGAUUCUAGGAGAGAUGAGAUUGAGACGCAUCCACCCUCUGCUUUCAUGUCCCAUAAACCCCAAUUUUGAUCUUUUAUCAAGCGAAGGCAACUUCUCUCGGAGCAGAAAAGCAAAAGAAAAAUGAGAAUCAGCCAAACCCAAUACUCCUUCAUAUGAUUGACAAUAAUCGUCUUUUUUUUUUUCAAUUUAUGUGUCUUUUAUUUAUUAGAUGGACUUGGUUUAGUGUGCUGAUUUCAUUUGGUAAUUUGUUUUUUGUUGUAAUUAAGUUGUCAAGCAUGUUGUGUUUUGGGAUUUCUACUCUGUUUGACUGAUAGAAUGUGAUUCUUUAUCAAUUUGAAAUGUAAUUUUUGUAAUACCUUUCAUGUUUGAUAUAUUGUUAUUAUUGCAAAUUCCCUUUACUUGGCUGAGUUGAGCACUGGAGAACGCUCUAGCAGUCCUUCAUCGCGAGCCUUCUUCCACCUUUGCAGUGAACAGAAAAGGGAGAUCCAUCUAAGAAUCACCACAACAGAAAAGGCAUGGCAUGGGGGGAAAUUACAGCUUUAAAAUAAUUGCUCAGCUCUCAUAAAUUCCAAUUAGAUCCUAAGCUUUGUGAUACAAGUGAUAUUGGGCGGUGAGAUGGAAUCAAUUCUCAACAUCUUGCAAAUUAGGUACUAUGGAACCAAAUCUCUUGUACUUUUAGUAUCAUUCACCUGCAAUAAUGAUGUAAUAUUCUU